CACGUAUUCAGUAAUGUUAAACUUUUCAAUGUUUGGAUGCCGCCACGUAGGGAACUCGAUCAUCAGGCUCCUACUCAGGCUACGGUAAUCGCUCAGUUCCGCGACUAUCACGCCGAAAAGUUCUCAGGGCAGGGAGAUCCCCGCAUCGUUGAUGAGUGGAUUCAGGGCUUAGAGUUUAUCUUUGAGCUAGUCCGCGACAAGUACUACCCUUCCUACUAUCGGGCAGAGAUAGAGCGUCAGUUCUUAGCGCUUCAGCAGGGCACUCGUACUGUUGAUGAGUACGAGCGAGAGUUUAUUAGACUUGCAGCUUUCGCACCGGACCUGGUUCGCACGGAGGCUCAGAGAGCGCAGCGGUUCAUCGACGGGCUUUUCCCAGCAGUCCGUCACAACAUCGUGGGACACGGGACGCAGAUCUACGCUCGUGCAGUUUCUAUCGCCCAGGAGGUGGACGCUAGCAUACGGAGAGAGGCCGUUCGUGAUCGUGCCCAGCCAUGUGCCCCAGUUCAGCCAUUUGCAGCUCCACCAGCUCUACCAGCCCCUCAGCCAGCAAAGGAGAAGAAGAGGAAGGGAAAGGGUGCACAGACUGACCGGAGGACCCAACAGAUGUUGGAAACCACGAGGAUCUCGAUAUGCACAAAUCACGGACAAACAUUCAACAUAAACCUAUGCGCAGCGGAUUUAAAG